AUGAUUUUUGCAUACUGAUUUGUGUAUUCUUCUGCAUUUGGUAUUUUUGAGAUGCGCUCCUAUUUCAUGUUUCACAUCGGAAUGGUGAACGGUAGUUUCACCAGCACAAUGAAACCCUUCUUUAUUUCUCUGCUUCUCCUGGAGUCUUUUCUACAUGAAUCGGCUCAAUGCACCGUCCAAGGCUCAGAGUUUCACCUGGAAGGAGAUUAUUUGUUGGCUGGACUUUUUGACAUUCACCAUGAUAGUUCUCCUGUUGUACAAGACCGACCAGAAGCCAUCAACUGCUCCAGUAAACCCUUCAUUCAUUCAAGUUAUCGGAGGUUUCAGUUGAUGAGAUUCUCUGUAGAGGAAAUCAAUAACUCCACCGACCUCCUGCCAAAUGUGUCUCUCGGAUAUGAGAUAUUUGACCACUGCUCAGAUAUACACAGUUUUCCAGGCAUCUUGAAACUUCUCUCAGUUGAUGGCUUGAUCCAACCUUGGGCUGAACCACCCAAGAAUCUGUCCAAAGUCAUGGCUGUGGUCGGCACUCACACGAGCACUCAGGCACUGACUGUCGCCCCGCUGUUCAUGAUGGAUCUCAUUCCGAUGGUCAGUUACGGAGCGGCAAGUUCGGUAUUUUCAAGAAAACAGAAUUUCCCCUCUUUCCUACGAACAGUUCAUCCCAAUAAAGACGUUAUAGAAGUGAUUGUUAAUAUUAUUCAACACUUCAACUGGAGCUGGGUCGCAUUCCUUCACAUUGAUGAUGAUUAUGGAAACGAUGGCCGGGAAUUAUUCAUAAAGAAAAUUGAUGGCACUGAGAUUUGCCUGGGAUACACCAAAGGCCUUGAUCAACAUACAAAUUAUUCCCAAGUAUUCAGACAGAUAGAGGCACAUCAAAUAAAUGCGAUUAUUGUUUUUGCUCCUGAAUGGACUGCUGAAGCUCUCAUUAAAUCAGCAAUACAACAGAAUGUCACCAACAAGGUGUGGAUAGCAGGAGAUGCAUGGUCCUUAAACAAGGAGCUCCCCAAAGAGAAAGGAAUACAUAAUAUUGGGACGAUACUUGGGGUCUCUGAACCAAAAGUUACAAUACCUGGUUUCAGUGAUUUUAUCCAUCAUUCCAAAGGCCAGACUCACUGUGAAAAUGCAGAACAAAGUAUGUUUUGCAAUCAGGUUUGCAACUGCAGCAGCCUGAAACCAGAAGAAAUCCUCAAUGUGGAUCCAUCUUUUAAUUUUCCUGUUUAUGCUGCUGUACAUGCCAUCGCCCAUGCCUUACACAAUACCUUGCAAUGUGACUCAGGCAGAUGUAACAGGAGUAUUACAGCGUACCCAUACAUGGUUCUAGCAGAGCUGAAGAAGUCCAAAUUUAUACUUUUAAAUCAAAGUGUCACAUUUGAUGAGAAUGGUGAUCCCAACUACGGAUCCUAUUCUAUAGUUUUCUGGAACCAAAGCGGUGACGCACAGGAGAUUGGCUUUCAUAACUUUUACCCAAACUUGUAUUUCUUCAUCGACAACAGCAAAAUUCAGUGGAAGACAAAGGAAGUGCCUACUUCACGGUGUUCCCAAGAAUGUGAUGAAGGAUUUAAAAAAAAGCCAGAUGGAAUCCACAGAUGCUGUUUCAAAUGUGAAAUCUGUCCGAAUGGCACUUAUUUCAACAAAACAGGGAAUCCCUACGAGUGCAUCAACUGUAAGGACACAGAAUGGUCUGCAGCAGGAAGCACAUCAUGUAAUCUGCGGGAGUUGGAGUUUGUCCCAUUCACAGACAUUGGUGCCAUACUGAUCAUGGUGGGAGCCUGGGCCUUGGUGGUCCUCACAGUAGCCAUGUCCGUUCUCUUUGCCAUCAACUACAACACACCUGUCGUCAGAUCUGCUGGGGGGCCGAUGUGCUUCCUCAAUUUGGGCUGCCUGUGUCUGUCUAAUGUCAGUGUGUUCUUUUACUUUGGUAAGCCCACUGCUUCCUCUUGUGUCAUGAGGCUCUUACCAUUUCGCUUGUUUUACACCGUUUCUCUAGCAUGUUUUGUGGUGCGAUCUUUUCAAAUUGUUUUUAUUUUCAAAAUGGCUGCCAAGUUCCCAAACUUUCACAGUGUGUGGAUAAAGUAUCAUGGACAGUGGCUGUUCAUCACGCUGGCAUUUGUUACUCAGGCACUCUUACUUCUUUUUGGCAAUAUGUUUGCACCUCCAAAGCCUCACAAUGAAACCUCUUGGUACCCAGACAAAACCAUCCUUGUUUGUGAGAUGAAUAUCAAAGGAUACGUUGGUCCUGUGGUUUUACUUGUGUCUCUGUGCUUCCUUUGCUUUAUUUUCUCGUACAUGGGCAAAGACCUUCCUGAAAAUUACAAUGAAGCCAAAGCAAUAACCUUUUGCCUGCUCCUCAUAUCGAUCAACUAUGCCAGUAUAUACACCUUUUUUAAAAACAACAUCGCUACAUUUGAAGCCCUGGCAAUACUCUUAAGUGUCUACUCCUUUCUGUUGUUCUAUUUCUUGCCAAAAUGCUACAUCAUAAUUUUCCAAUCCCACAAAAACACGCAAGAGUACUUCCUAGGUGUCAUUCUGAAUUAUACCAGAACAAUCUACAGGUAAAUGUUUGUCUGGUGUAUGGAGGACAGGAAAUCAGGUUCAGGACUUUAUUUAAUUCUAUUUUUGUAGAAAUGCAGACAGUUAUUUUAAUACAUCCCUCUUUUGUUGUACUGUAUUUUAUUUUGUGUUUUUUGCUCAGGGCUUCAGGAAUCUUGAAAUGAACUAUACAGCAUAGACUCCUGCUGCGUUAGAAUCUACAGUCAUGCCAGGGGCUUUCAGCUAAAUGCUACCUCAGCAUGUAUAUACUGUAUAACAAGCAAACUGCAGAAAGAAAACUGAAAAAAACAAAACUUCAUGAGGAUUUUGUUCACACAUUCACACAUUACCAUCCGUUUUAAGAACAUAAAGACCGAUACCAGAAAAAGCUGACGUUAGGUAAUAAGCAAACAACACCAUGGGCGCACAAUUUAGGACGCUAACCCUAAAUAAACUUUUUCAGUCACAUGAAAACUACAAAACAAACACUUAUACUUACACACAAAUAUUUUCUAAGUAGCUUCACGGGCAAAAGUCCACUGAUGCUGAUUGGAAUGUCAUUAUAGUGCAUUAUAGUAUUAUGCUUUUACUGUAAAGGAUUGAAGAAGGUCUCUCCCUAAAUUUCUCACCGUGUCACCUCACACGGAGUGUGUAAAACUAAAUACCACACCAUUCAAAACCUGUUACUUAGCACUGUCAUGCAAUAUCUAGAUCAAGUUGAUUAGAGCCCAGCGAGCUGUUUGAUUCUGUAGUGAAGUGGGCCUAAGCUAUAAGGUGAGGAUAGAUACUUUUUGGCCAGAGAUUAUCCACAGCCGUUUAGAAAACAGACCUGUCACAUGUGUGUUGCUGCUUCAAAACUUCACAUUGUUUUUGGCAUAGUGGAACUGACAGUUUCCGCUCAAAGGAACCGUUGAAAACUAUGAGUCGCUACACAGUGAACUAAAAUCACAAAAUACUCUGGCUGAACGCUGGACCCAAUGAACAAAUUCAGAUUUGAUUCGGGUAAGGCUUUGGAUUAAGAGGGUUAAAAGACAGACAGUCUGUCUGUCCAAUCAGAAGGGUCCGUCCUAUGCUAUCUGCUAUA